UGGAGCCCUUCGUGUGUCUGUGAGGGAGGGACGGGGUGUGUGUGUGUGGAAUGGUGGUGGGUUGGAGGUAACCCUUACGGGUAAAAACCUGCUGAUCGAUCUCAUUCUCUGUCACAUACUUUCUGCCUCACACACACAGAGCGACACAUGCAGGAGGCAUUUUUCUCCCUCUCCAUCAGAAACAACUAACGGCCACGCGGGAGAGCUGCAUCUUCUGUUUAGGUAGUUAUAGCUGGAGCGUAUACAGCUACUAGCCUCUACUGCCUGCUUACAUCUGUCAGCUGGCCGCCCAAUACGUGAAUCCUUUUGUGUCCGACUUCCAUUGUGCCAUCUAUUGUGGGGGCUAAAGGAAGCCGCCGCCAGUGGACAAGAUGAAAGAACACAGGGGCUGGGACCUCAAAGGCUUACUGAAGAGGAACUGGUUGCUGAUUGCGACCAUUGUGUCGGUGCUGUUAGGGAUAGGCCUUGGUGUGUUGGUUAGGGAGUAUGCCACCCUCUCCCACCUCGAUAAGCAGUAUUUUGGAUUCCCGGGAGAUAUCCUGAUGCGGAUGCUCAAGCUGGUCAUCCUGCCCCUCAUCAUCUCCAGCAUGAUAACAGGAGUGGCCGCCCUGGAUUCGGAUGUUUCCGGAAAGAUGGGUUUGAGGGCUGUGGUUUAUUACUUCACCACCACCAUCAUUGCAGUCAUUUUGGGUAUUGCAUUGGUGAUAACCAUCAAACCUGGUGUCUCUCAGAAGGCAGAAAACUUCGACAGGACAGAGAUCACACAAAACGUCAACACUGUCGACACACUACUGGAUCUUGUCAGAAACAUGUUUCCUGAAAACAUAGUGCAGGCUUGUUUCCAACAGUACAAGACAACGCGCAAAGAGUUGGAACCCUCUAAAGUGAAGGAGAACACUACAACCACAAUGUUCCCUCCUCUCUCUACCACUGUCAUGGCAACCAUUUUCCCCCAAGAGAACAUCACCAAGGACUAUAUAAUAGUUGGGUCAUAUUCUGAUGGGCUCAACGUGCUGGGCCUCAUCGUGUUCUGUGUGGCGUUUGGCCUCGUCGUCGGCAAGAUGGGUGAAAGGGGACGCAUCCUGCUGGAGUUCUUUGAUGCUAUAAAUGAGGCCUCCAUGAGGCUAGUUCAGAUUAUCAUGUGCUAUAUGCCAGUGGGGAUACUCUUCCUCAUUGCUGCCAAGAUCAUCGAGGUAGAAGACUGGGAGAUCUUCAGGAAGUUGGGCAUGUACAUGGUGACAGUUUUGAGUGGCCUAGCUAUCCAUUCUAUUGUUUUUCUGCCUCUGAUCUACUUCGUCAUUGUGAGGAAGAACCCGUAUACCUUUGCCUUGGGGAUGGCUCAGGCACUGGUCACUGCUCUCGUGAUCUCUUCCAGCUCUGCCACCCUGCCUGUCACCUUCCGCUGUGCCGAAGAGAACCUCCGGAUCGACAAGAGGAUCACCCGCUUCGUGUUGCCCGUGGGCGCCACCAUCAACAUGGACGGUACAGCUCUCUACGAGGCUGUCGCUGCCAUCUUCAUUGCCCAGCUCAACGACUAUGAUCUUGACGUGGGUCAGAUUGUCACCAUCAGUGUAACAGCAACAGUAGCCAGCAUCGGAGCCGCCGGUGUACCUAACGCUGGUUUUGUUACCAUGGUGAUUGUGCUGACUGCCGUUGGACUACCAGCAAAUGAUGUCACUUUAAUUAUUGCUGUGGAUUGGCUGCUAGACCGCUUCCGCACCAUGAUCAACGUGCUGGGAGAUGCUUACGGAGCCGGCAUCGUUCAGAAGCUGUCCAGGCGGGAGCUGGAGAGGAUGGACGGCACCUCGGACGUGACUAACCCCUUCGCCCUGGGGACCACGCUGGACAACGAGGAGUGUGAGAAGAAGUCCUACGUCAACGGCGGCUUCACCGUCGACAAAACCGACGCCAUCUCCUUCACCGAGACCUCCCAGUUUUAGGGGAGUGGGCAAAGAAGUGCCAAUGCUGCUAGAUGUUUAGCCUGGUUCUGUUUGUAGCCUGGUUCUAGAUCUGUGACCAACAUUAAUUAAUCCUGUUGAUGCAGGAUUACUGCUGGAGGAUUAUUUUCCUGCUGCAGCACACUGGCUCAAAUUAAGAUCCUACAUCUGUAGCAAUAUCAGCCACCACCAUCUUGAUUCUCUUUCCAGCACUGUCCCCGAUGAUCAGUAUGUUUUUUAACCACAAGUGGAGAUCCUCAGCAGCCCUUAAAAUGAGCUGGGCUGUAUCUGAAAUGACACCCUAUUGCUUAGCUAGUGCACUACUUUAGACCAGGGCCUAUGUAGAGAAUGAGGUGUCCUUUGGGAUGAACCCAUGCUCUCGUUUACCAAAAGAGCUUCCAUUGUUAUGUUGACAUAGUGCCGACAAUGUACACAUUCACUUUUGAAUGAAUCAAUACUUUUGCUAUUGUUUUUACAUAGAGGGGGCAAAGGAGACUACAAGAGCCAGAGCUUUUGAAAUGCAUACCUCCAGCGCGUGUGGGUAACUGAAAUAAUAUAUCGCCGGACUGAGCUGUGUAUAUGUAUUGUGAAAAAGAGCAUGGAAGAAGAACUAUAUUCUUGAUGUUCAAUACACUGUAUAUUGCAAAGAUUCAAACAGACUUUGUUUGCUCUUCAGAAGCAAAUUAUUUGUGUGACUUUUUUUUUCUUUUUGUCCAUUUUUGUUCUGGGGGGGGUUAGAUACAAUAAAAGAAAUCCAUACAAAGACAACCCCAACCCAUUCCCCCCCUUAGUCUCCACCCACCUGCCCGCAUUCUCCCUCCCCACUCAGAAACCAUGCCUCCCAUCCCCAUCUAGCCCUCCUCCUGAAGAAAGCAUGCCUCCCACCCCAUCUAGCCCUCUUCCUGAAGAAAGCAUGCCUCCCACCCCAUCUAGCCCUCCUCCUGAAGAAAGCAUGCCUCCCAUCCCAUCUAGCCCUCCUCCCAAAGAAAGCAUGCCUCCCAUCCCAUCUAGCCCUCCUCCCAAAGAAAGCAUGCCUCCCAUCAGUCCCCCCCAUCCCCCAACAACAUCCAGAGACCCCCGUACCAACCCUUCCCGUGGGCCUGAAAGCGGAAAAAAAGUUAAUAAAAUAAAUAUAUAGAAUUGGUUUGUAUAUGUGGCGCUUUAGCUGAGAUUGUUCUUUACAUAGUCAAGUAUAUUUGUUGGUGAAAGUUAAUGUUCUUAAGCUUUACAAUAUGUGCCAAACAUCUUAUUCAUUAACUUUAUAUCAUUCAUCCAUGUAAUUUUAUUGCAUGAAGCAAUAUUACAAAUAAAUACAGUGGGAAACUUGUGAUGAUGAACAUAGACCUGCUGAACGUCUUUUUCAAGUGACCAAUAGCCUUUAAGAAAAUAGAGUUGAUGGGCACACUAACGAGGUUUGAGUUAUGAAUUUAAUUGAAUACUGUGAAAUAUUUUCUUAAUGAAUUACUAAAGAGGAUGGAUGACUUUUUAAUAAGGAUGGUCUUGACAAUAAAGGCUUUCUGAUAACGAAUGCUAA